UGUUGUUAGAAUAUGUAAUAAGUAAAAUAUAUUUUGUAAUAUUUUGUAAUCUUCUAUUUUAGGAUAGCAUAUGUUAGUAUUAUUUAGUUCCUAAUUUGUAGCCUACAAUUAGGUUGUAAAUCAUGUAUAUCAACCCAUUCAUGGGAAAAUAUGAUUCAGGGAAAACACUUUCUUACAUGGUAUCAGACUAGGUUAUCCUAAAAACCCUAGCAUCCUAAAACCCUACCCUUCAGCCGCCAACCCCCCUUGGCCGCCGACCCCCUCCCCCCCACCCUCUCUCUUCGUUUUCCUCCUAUUCUCCAUGGCUGACACCUCCAAGUUGCAUCCUGCGACUACCGUCACCAAUAUCAAAUCAUGCAUUCCUAUUGUGCUUGACUACGAAGGAAGCCAAUACAAUAACUGGGCUACCCUCUUCAAGCUCCAUUGUCGUGCCAACUUGAUGAUCGACCAUAUCCUACCUACUGCCUCUCCUGCCGUGCCACCACUGGCUACUGCAGCCGAGAAACUUGCUGCUAAGGCACUAUGGGAACGGCUGGAUGACAUUGUUCGACAAUGGAUAUAUGGCACCAUCUCCAAUGAUCUUCUUAACACGAUCAUUCAUUCAGAGGACACCGCCGCCGAGGCUUGGGAUCGCCUUGUUCAUCUUUUUCAGGACAAUAAAUCGUCUAGGGCUCUCGCUCUUGAUGCGAAGUUCACCAACACCAAAUUGGUGGAUUUUCCGAAUGUGAAAGCAUACUGCACCAGGCUGAAAGUUCUUGCAGACAACCUUGCCAACGUCGGUCACAAAGUUUCCGACGAACGACUUGUGCUUCGCCUUCUGCGUGGGUUGUCGGAGGAAUAUAAGACUUUUCGCACAACGGUGCAGCACCGUACUCCUCUCCCGUCUUUUGACGUUGUCCGGUCGAUGCUUGAGCUUGAGGAAGAUAGCCAUGCUGAGGACGCCAUUCAUGACGCUGGCUCAACUGCUGCUCUUGUUUCCCACAAUGUUACUCCUCCGCAUUUCUCAGGUAAUGGACAGCCCCAUAAUUCUGAAAGUAACGCCAACAAUCGUGGAACUUCGCAAAAUCGUGGCAAGAAAAAUAACCGCGGUCGCAGCGGCGGCAACCGCAACAACCGCGGUGGCAGCGGCAAUGGACAAAGCAGCGGCGGGGGCAGCCGCAGCAGCAGCAGCAAGGCCUCGCUGCCCCGUCGUGGUAUUAUCCACCAUGGGCAGCUUGGGGGCCACAGCCGUGGGCCACCCCACCUUGUCCCUAUCCUACGGCGGGCUGGCAGCAGCCCCGUGGCGGGCAGCAUUCGCGUCCAGCUCACUCACAGCAGGGAAUUCUUGGUCCUCGUCCUCCACAGUCGUUCUACUCGUCAGCCUCGUCAUCACAUGGCGGGUAUGCACCCACAGAUAUUGAUCAAGCUAUGCACACAAUGUCGUUGAAUCCGCCCGAUGACAGGAAUUGGUACAUGGACACCGGAGCCACAUCUCAUAUGACCAACUCCCAAGGAUUUACAGACGGGGAGCAAACUCAUGAGAUGUGAGAGUUCGGGUGAUCUUUAUCCAUUCUUCCCAAUCAAUCGAGCCAUCUCGCCAUUCGCUCCAUCUGCCUUUAGUGUCAUCUCUCCUCAUAUCUGGCACUCCCGUUUGGGUCAUCCAGGGGAUGUUAUUCUUAGUUCUUUACGUAGUAGUAAUUUGAUUGAAUGUAAUAAGGCUCGAAACAAUGUUUGUCAUUCUUGCCCUUUGGGGAAAUUAAUUAAAUUGCCUUUUUCUGACUCUCUUUCAACUACUACUAUGCCCUUUGAUAUUGUUCACAGUGAUGUAUGGACUGCACCUGUUCUUAGCUCAUCCAGUCACAGAUAUUAUGUUUUAUUUCUUGACAAUUACACAAAUUUUCUUUGGACUUUUCCACUCAAAACAAAGUCCCAGGUUUAUGAUGUUUUCUUGUCGUUCCGGAACUUCAUUCGUACUCAGUUUGAAAAAGAAAUCAAAACUUUUCAAUGUGACAACGGGCGUGAAUUUGACAAUGGUCCUUUUCAUAAAUUUUGUGAACAAAACGGGAUGUGUUUCCGCUUCUCUUGUCCCCACACUUCCCCCCAAAAUGGUAAGGCAGAACGGACCAUAAAAUCGAUCAAUAAUAUUGUUCGUACACUCCUUGCUCAUGCAUC